CUUAUGUGUCAAUUUGAGGGCCUGAGGCGGAGGGUGGCGGCCCAGCGCUGGAGUCCGCGAGUCGGGCUGGUGUGCCGCCAGGCGCGGGGCGUGCGGCGAGCAGAGCCGGCAGGAGCGCGCCGGGCAGCCGCCGCCGCCGCCGUCCGGGGCGGCAGGAUGGAGCUGAACUCUCUGCUGCUGCUGUUGGAGGCGGCCGAGUACCUGGAGCGUAGGGACCGAGAGGCCGAGCACGGCUACGCCUCCGUGCUGCCCUUCGACGGCGACUUCGCCAGGAAGAAAACAAAGACGGCCGGCCUGGUGCGCAAGGCCCCGAACAACAGGUCUUCACACAACGAACUAGAAAAGCACAGACGAGCUAAACUCAGGCUCUACUUGGAGCAGCUCAAGCAGCUGGUACCCUUGGGCCCUGACAGCACACGCCACACUACUCUGAGCCUCCUGAAGCGUGCUAAGAUGCACAUCAAGAAACUGGAGGAGCAGGACCGCAGGGCACUGAGCAUCAAGGAGCAGCUUCAGAGGGAGCAUCGCUUCCUAAAGAGACGUUUGGAGCAGCUAUCGGUGCAGAGUGUAGAGCGUGUGCGCACAGACAGCACUGGUUCUGCUGUGUCCACAGAUGACUCAGAGCAAGAGGUGGAUAUAGAGGGCAUGGAGUUUGGCCCUGGGGAGCUGGACAGUGUUGGCAGCAGCAGUGAUGCCGAUGACCACUACAGUCUACAGAGCAGUGGCUGCAGCGACAGCAGCUAUGGGCACCUUUGCAGGCGGCCUGGCUGCCCUGGCCUUUCGUAGGCUCCAUGUCCUUUGCUUCUUGGCCCACCUGCCUGCUCACCUAGCCAAGCGUCUCAGCCUUCCAAUUCUCCCUUGACUGAAGCCAGCCUCGUCAUGGGCCUACUGCUGUGCCAUUCUCGAAGCUACAGCUGCUGCCUGGUCUGCCUGCCUCUGCCUGCCCACCCUUCGGUCAGGACUCAAGUUGCCUGGCCCUUCUCCGCAGGGCAAGACCCCAUGCAGGGAAGCAGGGUCAAGCUCUCACAUCCUGGAGCCCAGCGUAGCCACCCACAAUCUGUUCUCAGAUUUCUAAUCAUUCCAGAAGUAUUAAAUAUCAUUUCUACAAAUCUCGG